UUGGGGUGUCCAGAUGGAAAAUAAUAGAAAAACCCAAGACAGAACCUAGGCCCUCAACAGCAGAAGUCGUCGCUCUCAAAGUCUCUACUCUCCAGUGAGAUCUACAUCUUCUAUUCGCUCAACACUGACCUGUUUCACAUCCAUGAUUUUCAUUCUCUUGUGCUGAAUCUCCACAAACUCAUUCAUCAUCUCUUUGUCUGAUUUUCUCAUUUGCUCUCUCAUUGUUUUAGUCUCCUUGUUUUGGGUUUACUUCUCGUUUACAUUUUUUGCUCUACUUCUCAAAUUAAAAAGCCAACUCAAAAUAUCACAAGGAAAAAAAAACAAAAAUAUUAGUCUUAGUAGAGUCAUUCCAGCUUUGCAAGUGUCAUUUGCUUUUAGUUUGCAUCUGUUUCCAGAAAGAACCUUCUUCUGAUUUUAUUUCUUGAUUUCAUUAUUUGCUUUGCUAAAGAAAAAGAACAAAAAAAAAAAAAAGCGUAUUGCAUUUGAAGAGUAUCCAAGAAAGAAAAAAGAAAUACCCUUUAAGAUUUCUUGUUUCAGAGUUGUGAUUUUAGCCUUCCUUUUGUGUUUAUUGUACUUCUAAUUUCCUCGUUUGAAAGGCAAGUUACACAUCCUCCAUUCUUUAAGCUGAGUCUCAUUUACCAGACUGAUUACCUUCAUGCUUGGGUCAUUCAAUUGUAAGCCAAAGGAAUUUAAAGAGACAAGCUUCAUUCACAGCACUUAAGAGACGGAUUGCAUUCCUGGGUACUCCAAGUCGAUCAAUCUAAGUGAAGGAAUUCCAAUCAAGCUUGAUUCAUAACCUACCAAAAAGAGAUGAGUCAACUCUAAGCAAAGGAAUUACUGAUUGGACUAUUGGAGGAGCAACCAGCUUAAUUCAUAAAUCAAAACGGUUCAGGUGUCCAUCAUGGAGGUUUUGUCUGCAAUUGUGUCUGGGGUUGUAACAAAACUUGUCGAGUACGCAGUUGCACCAGUUGGACGCCAAGUGGGAUAUGUGAUUCAAUACAACAGCAAUCUUCAUAAUCUAAGGACUAAAGUGCAAAACUUAAAAGACCGCAGGCAACAUAUCGUUGAUGUAAAUAGGUUGACACAGGAAGUGGAUGAGCUCACUGGAGAGGUGGACACAUUCUUGGAAAAUGAAGGCCAUGCAAAGACCAAGUGUUUCCACGGGUUUUGUCCUAAUCCGGUUCUUUAUUAUCAGCUAAGCAAGAAAGCAAAAGAGAUGGUGCAGAAGAUUGAACCCUAUGAAAAAACUGAAUUUCCCCCACAAGAGAUAUGUAGUGUACCUUCCCAAGACCACCUGGCUUUUGGAUCAAGGAUUUCAGUUGUGAAGGAAAUCAUGAAGGAACUGAGGAAUACCAAUACCAAGAAGAUUGGGGUAUGGGGAGUUGGUGGCGUGGGGAAGACCACACUAGCCAAAGAAGUUUACCGACAAGCCAAUGAAGAGAAGUUGUUUGCUGGUGUUGUUAUUUUAGUAGAUGUGAAAAAUUAUUCCGACUCGGAAAGGAUUCAAAAGGAAAAGUACAUUGAAAGGAUUCAAAAUGAAAUUGCUGAAAAGUUAGAUAUUGACAUUAGUGAACGUCGAACUGAAAAAGGAAGAGCACGUCAUCUUUGGGACAAGUUGAAAGAGAAGAAGAUUCUUGUAAUUUUAGAUGAUGUUUGGGAAAGAAUUGAAUUGGAGGUGGUGGGAAUUCCGCCAACAUGUAAUAUAUUGUUUACAUCUAGAAGUCGAGAAGUGUUAUUCUCUAAGAUGGAUAUACAAAAGGAGUUUUGUCUUCAUACUUUGCGUCAGGAAGAAAGUUGGAUUUUGUUUGAAAAGAUGGCAGGUGGUGUGGUUAAAGAAGCGCUUAUACGAGAAAAAGCAAUCCAACUGUCGAAGAAGUGUGGAGGUUUGCCUAUUUUAAUUGUCACAGUUGCCAGGGCUUUGAGAAAUAGUAGUAGUUUACAUGAGUGGAAAGAUGCUUUACGACGGCUAAAAAAGCUUGACAUGAAAAAUUCGGAAGAAAAGCCAUUGUUAACUCUAGAGUGGAGCUACAAUCAAUUGGAUAGUGAGGAGCUCAAGUCGCUGUUCCUGGUUUGUGGAAUUCUUGCAAUGUUAAUGUGGCAUAAUGUUGUACAUUUGGAUUAUUGCUUCAAAUAUAGUAUGGGAUUGGGUCUCCUGAAAAACGUGGAUACAAUGGAAGAAGCACAAGAUGCAUUUCAUUCAUUGAUAAAAAAACUUCAAAACUAUUGUUUGUUAGAGCAUCUCGAUGGUAAGAACUAUGUCAGAAUGCAUGAGCUUCUCUGCAAUGUUGCUAUUAGGAUUGCACGCAGAGACAAACACGCCCUCUUAAGUGCAGAUGAAGAGGAGUUUAAAACAUGGCCCGGUAAGGAUUUCUUUAGAAAAUGCACCCUCAUUUGUCUUCGUCAAUCCAAAAUGCCCAAACUUCCUCAAGUACCUUGGGAAUGCAGAGAACUGAAACUGCUGAUUUUUGAUUGUUAUCAUGAUUCGGUGGCACUGCCAUGCAAUUUUUUUGAAGAUAUGAAAAAACUCAGAGUAUUGGAUUUAUCAGCACUCCCAAUUCCGUCACUACCAUCAUCUCUUCAAUUCCUAACAAAUCUUCAAACUUUGUGUUUAGAUCGGUGUGCUUUGGGAGACAUAUCUCUAGUUGCACAACUAAGAAACUUGGAAAUUCUUAGCAUUCUGGAGUCCAAAAUUAAACAGCUGCCUGAAGAAAUAGGGCAAUUGACUCAUCUAAGAUUGUUGGAUUUGACGGGCUGCUCAGAACUAGUACUGAUUCCACCUAAUGUUUUAUCAAGCUUGAAAAGUCUUGAAGAUCUAAGAAUGGGAGGAAACAGCUUUAGGCAAUGGGAGGCUGAAGGAAUAGAUGGUAGCAAAAGAACAACAAAUGCUAGCCUUUCAGAGCUGGAGCAGUUGUCUAAGCUAACCGCAUUAGACAUCCAUAUUCCAGAUGCUAGAGUUCUUCAAUCAGGCUUGUUCUUGCACUUGGAAAGAUAUCAUGUAUUCAUCGGUGAAGAGUGGAAAUGGCUUUCUUUUGAUAAUAGUUUCAACACGCUAAAGCUCAAGCUAGCAACAAGCAAUCAAUUGGACAGUGGUCUAGAAAUGUUGGUGAAUAGAUCUGAGCAUUUGUACUUGGAUGUGUUGGAAGGUGUUGAUGAUAUAUUUCAUCUAUUAAAUAGUGAUGGUUAUCAGCAACUGAAACAUCUCGAAGUCCAAAACAAUGCUGAGAUUACAUAUGUCAUCAAUCACAACGUCUUCCAGAAAUUACAAUCUUUGACAUUGAUGAAUCUACCAAAGCUUGUUAGGUUCUCCUCCAACAGCAGAACAGUUGUUGCAACUACACCGACGGAUGAGCAAUUGAAGACUGAUGGAGAGUAUAAAGAAAUCAUUUUGGAGAAUGAGAUCGGGAGUCCUGUGCAACUUUUCAAGAAUGGAGAGAUUGUGAUGCCAAACUUAACAAUCUUGAUUGUGCAUAAAUGUGAUGGUUUAAGAUUCUUGCUAUCAUCUUCCAUGGCUAAGAGUCUUGUACAACUCAAACAUCUUGAGGUACACAACUGUCAAAUAAUGGAAGAGAUUGUAUCAACAAAAGAAUCCGGUGAAGAAAUGACUACAGAUGACAUCUUUUGUAAGCUGAACCAUCUUCAACUACAACAUCUACCACAACUCACAAGAUUCUGCGUAGGAAAUUAUAUUGAAUUCCCGUCCUUGGAGAUAUUGCAUUUAGAAGAUUGUACUAAACUGGAGACUUUCAUCUUUGAUCAUGCUAUGAUCAAAAGUGCAGAAACUGAUUCAAAGGAUAAUCUUGAGACUCCUGGACCAUAUUUUUUGUUUGAUGACAAGGUUGGAUUUCCAAGGUUGGAGAGAUUGAUCAUUUAUGCCCUUCCUAAGUUGAUAACAAUAUGGCACAACCAACUUCCUCAGGACUCUUUUUGCAGACUCAGAAAAGUUGACGUACAAAGAUGCCACAAUCUAAUAAAUAUCUUUGCUGCUAGUAUUAUGAAAAGAUUGAAUGCUCUGGACACCUUACAGAUAUGUAAUUGCAAGUCAAUACAAGUGGUAUUUGAACUUGGAGGAAUCAAUGUUGAGAGACAUGAUGACCCAUCAACUACUCAGAUGAGGAUGUCUUAUUGUCAAAAUCUCGAUCUAAUAGAAAUAGAUUCAUGUGAGAGUUUGAAGAAUAUCCUUCCAGUAUCAGUGGCCAAGGGUCUUGAGCAACUAAGGAAGCUGAGUGUGACUAAUUGUGAUGGAGUGGAGGCAAUUGUUGCAAAGGAAGGACAAGAAACCACCCCUAACUUAGUGUUCCCGAAAGCAACGUCUGUGACAUUUUAUAGUCUGCUCCAGAUCAAGUGUUUCUAUAAUGGGAGGCACACUUCCAAGUGGCCGUUGCUCAAAGAAUUAUGGGUGAAUGCAUGCCCAAAUGUGGAUAUAUUUGCCUCGGAAUUUUCAAGAUUUCAGGAAAACCUUGGGUCUACACAGCCUUUUUUCUUAAUUGAGAAGAAUUCAUUCCCCAAUUUGGAAUAUUUGGGUUUGGGAGGCACGAAGUUGGAGAUUUGGGAUGGUCCACUGCCAGCGGAGUUGUUUACCAAGCUGAAGCAUCUUGCCAUUGCAUCUUCACACUUCAAGUCAUCAGAUGCUUUUCUUCAAAAAUUACACAACCAGCUUGAAAUACUUGAGGUGGAGGAAACCUUUUUGGGGGAAAUACAUGCAGUUGGGACCCAGCUCCGACGUCUAAGAUCUUUGAAGCUUUUUGGGGGAAAGCUUUCCAUGUUGAUGCAUCUAGGGAAGGAGAACUCCCAACUAGUGGUUAUUCCGAAGUUGGAAAUUCUUGAAGUGGAGCAUUGUGUCAGACUACAGAACCUGAGGUCAUCUGCAAUAUCCUUUCAGAAUCUAACCACUUUGAAAGUAAAUGGUUGUCACGGACUGCAAUAUUUGACAUCUUGUUCGAUAGCUCAAAGUUUAGUCCAACUCACACACAUGGAAGUUAAGGAUUGUCAAAACCUUAUGGAAAUAGUGGCAGGCAACCAAGAUGAUGCAGGAAGUGAGAUUGCAUUCACCCGUCUACAACAUUUGGAACUUUCUGCUCUACCAAGUCUCCAAAGAUUCUGCUGUGGAAAUUGCCUAGUUAAAGUCCCAUCCUUGGAUACAUUAGUCGUGGCUGACUGCCUGGUCAAGUUGAGCAUUUCUCCUGAUCGGGUACUCCUAACUGAUUUUAACCCAGAAAGGUUUCUUCAGAAUUUUAAUAAUCUUGAUAACCUUGUGCUGCAUGGUGAUCACAAAGAGAUAUUUUUCCAUGAAGAAAAUAGUGGCGAUGAAAUACAUGCAGUUGUGACCCUCCCGCAUUUAACAUCUUUGAAACUUUCAGAAAUGAACAUGCUAAUGCAUCUAGGGAAGGAGAACUCCCAACCAAUUAUUCCAAAUUUGGAAAUUCUAGAGGUGUCACUCUGUGGGAAAUUAAAGAAUCUAAGCUCACCAGCAAUAUCCUUUCAGAAUCUCAAAACUCUGAAAGCAAUUGGUUGUCAAGGGCUGGAAUAUUUGAUAACUAGCUCGAUUGCCCGGAGUCUAAUGCAACUCACACAUUUGGAAGUUAAGGAUUGUGAAAGACUGGUGCAAAUAGUGGGAAGCAGCAGCGAAGAUGAGGCAAGAAAUGAGAUUGCUUUUAACAAGUUGGAGCAUUUGGAACUUUCAGGAUUGCCCAGUUUGCAAUGUUUUUUCUCGGGUGCCAUGCUUUCUCAUCAAUUUACAAUUUGCGAUGAAAUUGAAGAGAGUGGUGAUACGAAGGAGAAUCUUGAUGGUGCUGUACAAUACUUUCUAUUUGACAAAAAGGUGGGAUUACCUAGAUUGGAAACACUGAUCGUCCAUGACCUACAUAAGUUGAUGAGAAUAUGGCACGAACAACUCGCUCCAGACUCCUUUUGUAGACUCAAAACAGUUGAUGUUCAGAGAUGCAGCAGUCUAAUAAAUAUCUUUGGGGCCAGUAUUCUGGGAAGAUUGAAUGCUCUCGACACUUUAAAGCUAAGGCAGUGCCAGUCGCUACGACUGGUAUUCGAACACGUAGGAAUCAAUGCUGAAGAAGAAGAUGAUACAUCAAUCACUCCGUCCAAAUUGCCUGAAUACUGUCAGAAUUUGGUUUCAGUGAAAAUAGAUUCCUGUGAGAGUUUGAGGAAUAUCUUUCCAGCCUCAGUAGCCAGAGGUCUUCAGCAGCUGAGGAAGCUGAGUGUAGAGAAUUGCGUUAGAGUGGAGGACAUUGUUGCGAUGGAAGGACUGGGAAUGACAACACCUGAGUUUGUGUUCCCAAACGCAACAUCUGUGAUAUUUCAAAAUCUGCCACGACUUUCAAGUUUUUAUCCAGGGAUGCACGCUUCCGUGUGGCCUCUACUCAAGGAGUUGAGAGUGAUGUCCUGUGACAAUGUGGAGAUUUUUGCCCUGUGCUUUGUGGGUACAGCUAUCAGGCAACCUUUGUUUCUAAUCGAGAAGGGUUCAUUCUCCAACUUGGAAAUAUUGCACUUUUACUCAAAGGUCGGUACAAUGAAGAAUUGGUGGAGUCGACUCCCAGCAGAGUUCUUCAGCAAAUUAAAUUCUCUUGGGUCUCAAUCUGCUGUGUUUCAAUCUGGUUUCCUUCAGAAUUUACCUCAUCUUGAAUACCUUACGCUUUAUGGUUUUGAGAAAGAAGUAUUUGUCCAUGAAGGAAUUAGUAGUGGGCAAAUUCAGGCAGUUGGAACACUACUCCCGCACUUAAAAAGUUUGUGGGUAUUUGAUAUGCCCGAGCUGAUGCAUCUAGGGAAGGAAAACUGCCAAUCAGUUAUUCCAAAUUUGGAGUUUCUGGAUGUGUGGAAGUGUGAAAAAUUAAAGAAUCUAAGGUCAUCCGCAAUAUCCUUUCAGAAUCUAAAAACUUUGAAAGUCGAGAAAUGCCACGGUCUGGAAUAUUUGACAACUUACUCAAUAGCCCAAAGCUUAACGCAACUCGAAGAGAUGGAAGUUAAGGAUUGUGAAGGACUGAUAGAGAUAGUGGCUAGCAAUCAAGAUGAUGAUGAUGCAGUAAAUGAGAUUUUAUUCAUGAGAUUACAACGUUUGGAACUUUCUGGUCUACCAAGUCUGCAAGGCUUUUGCUCUGGAAAGUGCAUUGUUAAUAUCCCAUUCUUGGACACUUUGACCGUUACUGAAUGCCUGAUUGAGUUGAAGAUUUCUCCUGAAAAGGUACUCCUGAGCAAUUCAAAACCGGAAAGGUUGAAGUUAAUAGAGGAAGAGGCAAAAGAUCAUGACAAACCGGAAGGAUCGGGUACAACUAGAACUCAAGCUACAUAAGAUAUGAUCCACCUGUCCGAGUGGAAGAGUAUUCCUAAAUAACAAAACCAGAAAUAGUGGAAAUAACAGAGGAAGAGGAAUCAGAUGAUGACGGUGAUUGAUGAACUGGCACAAAUGCUGAACUAAACUUGUACUGAAGGAAGAGAUUGUUAAUCACAGCUUCACAGGCCUACAGCUGAAAGGUUCGGCAAUCACAAGCUUUCUUCAGCUUAUUUUAGCAGAAAAGCACAAAAAGCCUUUUGAUUGGUGCUAACUUUGCAUCAGCUGGUUCUCGUUAUCAUGACUCUGCUGGAAAGUUGAAUAUAUCUCGGUGUUGCAGCGUGCAAUUCCACUGUGUCAACACUCGAACACUCAGAAGGUGCACUAUAAGGUGACUAAAGCCAGUGCUUCAUAAUGGGGGUUCAUGCAAUUUACCUCAUUAGUCAGAACCAGUACAUUAAUCAUCCAGAAUUCUGAUGUUCUCCAAAUCCUAUGAAAAGUUCAGUUAGUGGUAACCGAACAUUUGAAGAAGCACGAGGGAGAUGGAUGAUAGUAUUUGAUCACCAAACUGAUGCACAAGAUUGAAGAAUUCAGGAGAGACCCUUCACAUGAUGUAUCACCCAUAUGUUGCAGUAACUCACUAGUUGUACCAAACACUGUGGGAGAUGAUACUAUUCACAAAUCUACCAGCCCCUCUUCAUUUUCAACGAGUUUUCGUCAUUCAAUGUUAGCGUGCAACAGCUGCAACUAUAGAUGGUAAUGACAACUGAAUUCAAAUUCCAUUGUCGCUGAAUAACAGACUCACAAGAUUGAUUGGGGACGCAAUGUGGUUCCUUGAUUAGCUGAGACACAGAGAUCGAUUAGUUACACAAUUUUUUUCACUAUCUAUUUGACAAAAUGUCAGAUUGAAUAGCUCAUUAGUUUUAUGUUUCGAAUGAUGAUCAGGCUCAUUAUUAAGGUCCAUGAUUUGGUGCCCUCAACCAAUUUGGGUGCAUUAUUAUAUGUCAUGCUGUUAUGCUGUCAUCUUCUUCAUAUAGAACUGGAGACUGAUUGAAGUGAUUAAUUAAGUCUUAGCUUGUAGCCUUCAAAGUUCAUUAUAUCAGCAUUUAUC